UCCCCCCAACUUCCAGCCGUUCCCCCUUGUCCUGCACUUUACCACCCCUUUCCAAACACCCAAUUCUUACCAUGUCCCCCCCCUUUCUCCUGCUCCCCCCUUCCUUCCUUCCCCAGGGUACAUCCAGCGCCGGCUGAUCAAAUCCAUGGAGUCGGUGAUGGUGAAGUACGACGCCACAGUGCGCAACUCCAUCAACCAGGUGGUGCAGCUGCGCUACGGCGAGGACGGGCUGGCGGGGGAGAGCGUCGAGUUCCAGAACCUGGCCACCCUCAAGCCUUCCAACAAAGCCUUUGAGAAGAAGUUCAAAUUCGACUACACCAACGAGCGCGCACUGCGCCGGACGCUGCAGGAGGAGCUGGUGAAGGACAUCCUGAGCAACGCGCACAUCCAGAACGAGCUGGAGAGGGAGUUUGAGAGGAUGCGCGAGGACCGCGAGGUGCUCAGGGUCAUCUUCCCCACCGGCGACAGCAAGGUGGUGCUGCCCUGUAACCUCCUGCGCAUGAUCUGGAACGCGCAGAAGAUCUUUCACAUCAACUCCCGCCUGCCCUCCGACCUGCACCCCGUCAAGGUGGUGGAAGGCGUGAAGGAGCUGAGCCGUAAGCUGGUGAUCGUGAAUGGGGAGGACCCUCUGAGCAGGCAGGCGCAGGAGAACGCCACGCUGCUCUUCAACAUCCACCUGCGCUCCACGCUCUGCAGCCGCCGCAUGGUGGAGGAGUUCAGGCUGAGCGGGGAGGCGUUCGACUGGCUGCUGGGGGAGAUCGAGUCCAAGUUCAACCAGGCCAUCGCUCACCCUGGUGAGAUGGUGGGUGCCCUGGCAGCGCAGUCCCUGGGGGAGCCGGCCACGCAGAUGACCCUCAACACCUUCCACUACGCCGGUGUGUCAGCCAAGAACGUGACGCUGGGGGUCCCGCGGCUGAAGGAGCUCAUCAACAUCUCCAAAAAACCCAAAACUCCAUCACUCACCGUCUUCCUGCUGGGCCAAAGCGCCCGCGAUGCUGAACGUGCCAAGGACAUCCUGUGCCGCCUGGAGCACACCACCCUGCGCAAGGUGACAGCCAACACCGCCAUCUACUACGACCCCAACCCUCAGAGCACGGUGGUGGCCGAGGACCAGGAGUGGGUCAACGUGUACUACGAGAUGCCUGACUUCGACGUCAGCCGCAUCUCCCCGUGGCUGCUCCGCAUCGAGCUGGACCGCAAGCACAUGACGGACCGCAAGCUGACCAUGGAGCAGAUCGCCGAGAAGAUCAACGCUGGUGGGUUCCAUGGGGCAGGGGGGGGGGGU